AUGUCAAACGAAUUUAAAGUUACUCCCAGUAAAAGUACAGUUUAUGUUUCAAAUUUAUCAUUUUCACUGACCAAUAAUGAUUUGCAUAAAGUUUUUAGUGAAUAUGGUAAAGUAGUUAAAGUUACAGUAAUGAAAGACAGAAAAACAAGAAAGAGUAAAGGGGUCGCUUUUGUAUUAUUUUUAAAAAAAGAAGACGCACAAAAUUGUUGUAAAAUGUUAAAUGGCAAAGAAAUGUUUGGACGAACAUUAAAGGCUAGCAUCGCUUCUGACAAUGGAAGAAGCGCUCAAUUUAUUCGACGACGUGAUUAUCCCGAUAAAUCCAAAUGCUAUGAGUGUGGAGAAGAUGGUCACUUAAGUUAUAAAUGUCCCCACAAUGUUUUAGGAGAAAGACAGCCUCCACCCAAAAAACAGAGAAUAAGAAAAAAGAAAAACAAAAAUUCGAGUGAACCUAAUAUUGAUUUUGAUAGUGAUAAUGAGGUUUAUGAGCCAGAUAUGGAAACUUUAAGUGCUGCAAUAGCAUUAGAUCAUGAGGAAGCGGAAAAAAUUAAAUAUGAAUUUAAAGUUGCAACUGGACAAUAUGAAACGGGUGUAGACAAACCUGAAACUAGUAAAAGAAAAAAAUUUAAACAAAAUGGUUAUUUCAGUGAUGAAGAAGAAAUUGAUUAA